AUGACCGACGCCGUAGGGCCCACGGGAGAGAGCGAUGCGCGGAUCCUCGCCGCGGUGUCGGACAGCGGUGCGGCCGUGCCGCCGAUGCUCGUAGCACAGAACACGAGCGCGGCCAGCAAGCCGCGGGGGACAUCAGUCCCGCGCCACGAGCUCCCGCGGGGAGCACAGGAGGAAGAGGUCACCGAGGUGUACGAGCGCCUCGGCGACGUGAAGCGCUUCACGCUGUACGAAGCACGCUCGCACUUUUACCUAGCCGCGCACAACACGAGCCAGACGCGGUUCCGCGUGCUGAAAAUUGAUCGCGUGCCGCCGAUCAUGGCACAGGCCGAGGAGCCGGAGUCGCCGCCCAAGCCGCAGGCGGAGCAGGCCGAGGCGAAGGAGGCCGAGCAGGACGCGGCAGAGAGACGCGAGCAUAAACGCACGUCGAGCAUGCCGACCGACGUGCAGAGCAUCGUGGAAGAUGCGCCACAGGCACGGCCCAAUGCGCCCAGCGGCACACUCUCGUCGGAAAUCACCGAGCUCGCAUCGUCACUCGCUCCGGCCGACCCGCCGCCGGGCGAGGCGACGCCGGUGCCGCACGCGCCGCUCACGUCGAUCAGCGGCCUGCGGUACCUGUCGACAGACGACCCCGAGAUCCCCCACCUGCGCCAGUCGAGCGAAUGGAAAGCAUACACGACCGACGGCAAGGACCAGGAGGCAAAAGAGGCGGCGCCGGCGCCGGCCGACAUCCCAGAGCGCACCGUGCCGCCGAUCGCGGCGCUCGGCUCGACUCGCUCGCCGAAACACACCAACCGCGCGUCGAUCGUCGCGCCGGACGCGCCGGCACCGCCCGAGCCCGAGCCGGCACGCAAAGACGCCAAGGCGUGGGACCCGAGCGACGCGUCUGCGUGGAAGCUCAACGUGUCGAGUGACAGCGUAGAGUACUCGGCCAGCGAAAUGACCGAGCUCCUCGACACGAUCCGCGAGGGUAAUCGCAGUACCGGCGGCCUGAAAGAAGUUGGCCGCUUCUUUGGCCUGGUUGGCUUUGUGCGCUUCACGGCGGGGUACUAUAUGGUACUGAUUUCGCAGCGCAGCGCCGUCGCGCUCCUCGGCGGUCACUACAUCUACCACUGCGACGAGGCGCAAGUCAUUCCCGUCUGCCACGCGUCCAUCCUCUCCAGUGCGCCGGGCCGCAGCAAGCUGCGUGAUCAGACCGAGGCACAGAUGCUGCGCACCUUUCGCCAGGUCGACCUCAGCAAGAACUUUUACUUUUCCUAUACCUACGACAUCACACGCACCCUGCAAGAAAACAUGACAGGGCCCCGCACAAGCACGCGCGACUGCAGCGCGUGGGCGUGGAACUUUAACGAAAAGUGCAUGUGGAACUUUCACUUGCUGCGCCCUGCAUUUGACGACUGCCGCCGCACGGACAAGGACCCCGCAUCGCCGAAACGCCCGUGGGUCCUGCCACUCGUGCACGGCUUUGUGGACCAGGCCAAGCUCGUGGUGCUGGGGCGCACGAUUUACGUGACGCUCAUUGCGCGGCGCUCGCGGCACUUUGCAGGUGCACGCUUCCACAAGCGCGGCACAGACCUCGAAGGACACGUCGCCAACGACGUCGAGACCGAACAGAUUGUCAACGAGCCGGUCACCAGUCCGUUCUUUGCGCCGCGGCCCCAAAUGACCGGCGAGCGGCCGUAUCGCCCGUCGCCGCACUUUACGUCGUACGUCAUGAUCCGCGGCUCGAUUCCCAUCUACUGGACACAAGACUCGACAAACAUGUCGCCCCGGCCACCGAUUGCCAUCUCGGUCGUCGACCCCUACUUUGCGCCGGCGAUGCGCCACUUUGACAGCCUCUUUCGCACGUACGGUACACCGGUCAUUGUCUUGAAUCUGAUCAAGAGCAAGGAAAAGCAGCCGCGCGAGUCCAAGCUCCUGCACGCGUACAGCGAGUGUGUCCAGUACCUGAACCAGUUCCUCCCGAAUGGCUCGGACGGCGGCAAGGACCGCCGCAUCAAGUACAUUGCGUGGGACAUGAGCCGCGCGAGCAAAUCACGCGACCAGGACGUGAUUGGCAUCCUCGAGACGCUGGCAGAGGACACGCUGCAUGCGACGCGCUUCUUCCACUCGGGCAGCGCGCCCCAGAGCUUCCGGCAAACGCCACUCGAGUCGGCGCGCUCGCACGAAGACGGACGCGUAGGCAUCGACAUGACACGCCACUCGCUCUUGCUGCAGCACGGCGUGGCGCGCGUAAACUGCGUCGACUGCCUCGACCGUACGAAUGCCGCGCAGUUUGUCCUUGGCAAGACGGCGCUUGGGCACCAGCUGCACGCGCUCGGCCUUUUGCAGCAUCCCCACCUGUCGUUCGACUCGGACGCGGUGAACAUGCUAACCGAGAUGUACCACGAUCUUGGCGAUACCAUUGCGCUGCAGUACGGCGGCUCGGCGCUUGCACACACCACCGAUACCUACCGCAAGAUCAACCACUGGACGUCGCACUCGCGCGACAUGCUCGAAGGUCUCAAGCGGUACUAUGCCAACUCGUUUGCCGACGCGGACAAGCAAGCCUCAAUCGAUCUCUUCCUCGGGCAGGACAAGUGCACGGACGAGAUCAGCGUCGCGGAUGACAAGCCGACGCCGACGCCCGUCUUUCGGGGUGUGCAGCGCUACCUCGCCCACGACGAGGACCUCGGCAGAAAGCAGGCGUACAUCAAUGCGUACGUCAACUCGGACGCGCACUUUUGGGACGGCUACUACCGGCCUAGUCUCUUUACCGAUCUGCAGCGGCACCACGCGUACAAGAUGACCGCCGUGCACCAGCAGCAGUCGCUCCUGCCCGGCGAGGCGUUCCCAGCGCUGAACAGCGGCGGCAUCUCGCCGCUUCUGUCGCCGUCUGAGCUGGGGCCGGUCGCACCGCUGAGCAGUGCCGCGCCGUCGAAUGCGCUGCGCCGCGGCAAAGGCCUCGCUACGUUAGGGCCGCGGCGUGCGGAUGAGCCGCCCACGACGCCCACACCGCGGCGCACGCUCCUCGGCGGCGUGCGCCGCUGGAUCGCCCCGCACCAAGACCGCAAGAACCCCGCGAGUCGGCCUGCAAGCAAGUACGAGACCCAUACGAGCGACUCAAGCGCACAGAGUGCGGCUGCUCCGCAGGCAGAGCCGAGUACGCUUGAGCUUGCGGUCGCCAAGACGCUGCGCCCUGUCAUUUCCAAGCAGGAGCAGCGCGAAUACCAGGCUUAUACCAUGCAGUUUCUGCAGCUGCAGUUCCAGCGCUCGCAGCGCACGACGGACGCGGAUAUGCAAAUCUACGGCGGCGCUAUUGCGCUUCCUACGACUGCGAUGCAGUGCGAGGCGCCGGGCGUCGUGCCGCCCAACACGGACCCUGCGCUGGCGACCUACUUGCAGGUGGCCAACAUGGAGCUUGUCGCCGGCGUGCGCCCCGUUCCCCAGCCCAGUACGCAGCGCAUUGUCUCUGCCCCCGCGAUAACCACGCCCAGCCGCCUUGCCGCGUGCGCCAGCGUCGCGACGCCCGAAGCGCUCGGCGCCCCAACCGACACCAAGGUCCGUAGCUAUGCCGCCUGGCUCCACAUGGCGCACGUCAAGUAG